CGCGACGCCGUAUGCCUACCAGUACUAGGGCAUUUACGGAAUUAUUUCAAUAAUAAAUUAAUAUGUACAGAUAUCUGUAGUUUAAUAAGUAAAUAGUACAAUUGGAAUCAUAACAGUUUGAUUUAGUGUAAAAAGUAGAAUACAACAAAAUGGCUGACGACGUGAUAAAGCAUUCCGUUCACACUUUGGUGUUCAGGUCGCUGAAGAGGUCUCACGAUAUGUUUCUGGCUAACCAGGGAAUGCUGCCACCAAUCGAUGACAAAGCUGAGAAAAUCCUAAAGUCAGUUAAGGCCAGAGACAGCUAUGGACAAGUUAUGGCGGCCGUGCAGAAGGCCCAAGCUGUUAAGCAGCAAGAGGUGAUGAGUCGACCUGAGACACCACAUGAUACAGAAAUGGCCGAAUCAGCAGCUCUAGGCUCCGACGGUGCCAUGCUCCCAUACACAGGCCCAGCACCGUCCCCUGCGCCCACAUCCACAGCCCUGGCGCCACGGAAACCGCCCACCAUGCCUAAACCCAAGUGGCACGCGCCGUGGAAGCUGUUCAGGGUUAUAUCAGGCCAUCUUGGUUGGGUGCGGUGCGUUGCUGUGGAACCGGGGAAUGAAUGGUUUGCGACGGGUGCGGCAGAUCGCGUUAUCAAGAUUUGGGACCUAGCGAGUGGUAAACUAAAGGUUUCGCUCACUGGACACGUCAGUACAGUCAGAGGUUUGGAGGUAUCCUCAAGACAUCCGUAUUUGUUCAGUUGCGGUGAAGACAGACAAGUUAAAUGUUGGGACUUAGAAUAUAAUAAGGUGAUUCGUCAUUACCACGGGCACCUGUCGGCGGUGUACACACUCGCGCAGCACCCGAGCAUCGACGUGCUCGUGACGGCGGGACGCGACGCCACCGCGCGAGUGUGGGACAUGCGGACCAAGGCUAAUGUCCACACUCUCACGGGACACACGGACACCAUUGCGUCACUACAGUGCCAAGCAGGCGAACCACAGAUCAUCACCGGUUCUCACGACUCGACGAUCCGUCUCUGGGACUUGGCAGCCGGCAAGUCUCUGUGCACACUCACCAACCACAAGAAAUCUGUGAGAUCCAUCGUGAUCCACCCUACGCUUUACACCUUCGCUUCAGCCUCGCCGGACAAUAUCAAGCAGUGGAAGUGUCCAGAAGGAAAAUUCAUCCAGAACCUCUCCGGUCACAACGCCAUAGUGAACUGCAUGGCGGUGAACCCCGAAGGCGUGCUCGUGAGCGGCGGAGACAACGGCACCAUGUACUGCUGGGACUGGCGCACCGGGUACAACUUCCAGCGGUUGCAGUCGGCAGUCCAGCCCGGCUCCAUGGACUCCGAGGCCGGCAUCUUCGCCAUGACCUUCGAUCGCUCCGGCGCGCGUCUCAUCACGGCGGAGGCCGACAAAAGUAUCAAGAUUUACCGCGAGGAUGAUACGGCUUCAGAAGAGACUCAUCCGAUCAAUUGGCGCCCGGAGAUUCUCAAGAGGAGGAAGUUUUAA